AAGGUCCAGAUGCCCCUACGAGAACAAGCGAAAAAACCUUAACCACACCCUGGGAGUUCUCCAAAACCUUGUUCCCCAAGAAACGAUCCGGCUCCCUUCCUCUCUUCGCCGGCUUCUCUCGCGACCCCUUUGGGUCUUUGGAUCCUCCUUGCUCGUCCGAAGCUCGCGCGUUCGAUCCUGGUGUUUAGAGCUUGCUGGUCCAAUUCCAUCAUGGCAACUCGACUUCAAUUUGAGAACUCUUGUGAAGUUGGGGUUUUCUCGAAGUUGACAAAUGCAUACUGUUUGGUUGCAAUUGGAGGAUCAGAAAAUUUUUAUAGUGCAUAUGAAGCUGAGCUUGCUGAUGUUAUUCCUGUGGUCAAAACCUCUAUAGGAGGCACUAGAAUAAUUGGGCGGCUGUGUGCUGGAAACAAGAACGGGCUUCUAUUGCCACAUACAACCACUGACCAAGAACUUCAACAUCUGAGGAACAGUCUACCUGACCGGGUGGUGGUUCAGCGUAUUGAGGAAAAACUGUCUGCUUUAGGCAAUUGCAUAGCCUGCAACGACCAUGUUGCUCUUACACAUCCUGAUCUUGACAGGGAAACAGAACAGCUUAUUGCAGAUGUUCUUGGAGUAGAAGUAUUUAGGCAGACAAUUGCUGGAAACAUUCUUGUUGGCAGUUAUUGUGCUUUUUCAAACAGAGGAGGCUUGGUUCAUCCACACACAUCCAUCGAGGACCAAGAUGAACUUUCUACGCUACUUCAAGUCCCUCUUGUUGCAGGGACUGUGAACAGAGGCAGUGAGGUCAUUGCUGCUGGUAUGACUGUGAAUGACUGGACUGCCUUCUGUGGGUCAGACACCACGGCGACUGAGCUCUCUGUUGUUGAAAGUGUGUUCAAAUUGAGAGAAGCCCAACCAAGCACGAUCGUCGAUGAGAUGCGGAAAUCACUUAUUGACAGCUAUGUUUAGUAUUUUAAGAUAGUCUGCUAUUUUUAAUGCAACAUAAUUUUUCUCCUGAGGACCUUUAAACAAGGAUUCUGUUCAAUGUUGUGAUGUUAUGUUUCAUGUCAUGGUUAUGUCAAUGCAUGUGCUUAUGUUGUUUAUGAUAGUUUUGCAAAAAAAAAAAGGAAUGUUUUCCGUA